AGUCAGAGCCACAGUUGUCUCUGUUACUAGCACAGAUUCCUCUUUGUUACUAGUUACAAAGUGAAAGAUUAACCUCUUUGCUAGUUAUGAUGUUGAAUUUUGAAUUGUUGAGUGUCAUUAAGAAAGAAUUUAAAUCAAAUAAAAUGUCAGUUUAAUCGUGAAGGUAAAAGAAGGAAAAAAUCGAAUGAGUUUGUGAAGUACCUAUCCACUUACAGUUACAGUACUUACGUAUAACUGGGUGAAGACGGAGACUCUGCUGAAACUAUGAAUGAAACAGAGGACUUGAAAUUCAAGGGAAAUGAUCCUGGAGCUGUACGUUUUGGAAAUUUUAUCAACUAUUAUAGUUUUUACCCACCACAUGAACGAACUGAACGUUUACCAAAAAAUAUUUGGAGAACAGAAGGCAUAUCUUAUUGCUUAGACAUUGGUUGCAACACUGGUGAUCUAACCAAGGCUCUCAGUAAUUUUUUACUGAACUGUGGAAGUAAUAAUGAGAUCAUUGGAAUUGAUAUAGAUCCCACACUGAUAUCUCGAGCUAAGGAGCAUCAUGAAACAAAUUUAAAAUUUUUUUGUGUAGAUAUAAUGAAUUGUGACGGAUACAAUUCCAUUAAAACUUUUCUGAAUGACCUGAAUUUGAAGAAGUUCCAUAUAGUGACCUGUUUUUCAAUAUCUAUGUGGAUCCAUUUAAAUCAUGGUGAUAUUGGAUUAAGGAUAUUUCUUAAACGUGUAUCAGAUCUUUCUGAACUCUUAGUGAUUGAGGCACAGCCAUGGAGAUGCUAUAGAAACGCAGUGAAACGGAUGAAAAAGUGUAAUUCUACCUUUUCACUCUUUCCAUAUCUUCAGUAUAGAGAAAAUAUAGUUAAAGACAUCGAAAACAUAUUGACAGAAGAAUGUCAAAGAAUAAAAAUAACUGAAACUGAGGACACCAAGUGGGGAAGGAAAACACUAUUUUUCAGGUGAAAAAUUGUUGAACUAGUGAAGUAAAAUGAAAUCAUUCAAAAACGUGCUGUAAUUAAAGAUUCAUAAGGCAUUAAAGUGAGGAUAAGAAAUUAUAAUGGAAACGAUACAGGAAUGCUUCCUUAAUAAAAUUUAUUGAUCUUA